AUGGUUUCCAGGGUUCACAAGAGAACAGUACUCUAUAGGAGUAUACAAAAGCUUCGUUCAAUCACUAACUCCCAUGCGCGGCGUAAAACCUGUGUGAUACAGGAUGCGUCGGAGUACAUACGAGGUUUAAAGCAAAAGUUGGAAGAAUUGAACCAGCUAGCAGUUGCUGCAGCCCAGGAUGUGAUCGAUAAUGGUCCAACGCCUUUGCUUAAAGUGGAAACUCAAGAGGAGGGGUUUAUGAUCAAAGUGGUGAGUGAAAGGAAUUGCCAGGGGCUGUUGGCAUUCAUAUUGGAAGCCUUUGAAAGGCUUGGUCUUGAGGUGCUUCAAGCUAGGGCUUCAUGCGUGGAGAGCUUCUGUUUAGAAGCAUUUGGAAUCAAAGAGAACAAUACCCUCCAUGUGGAUGUAGAAGGAAUUGAGCAAGUUGUGUCUCAAGCUAUACAAAAUUGGAGGGAAGUUACGAAGCAAUGUUGA